CUUUCUGUUACACAAGUCUGCCAAAACUCAAACACUUCUCACCUGAAUAACACCUCCUUAGAUAUUUGCGCCUUGUCUCUCUAAAACCUCCCUCUUUUUUCUCUCUCCUCCAACAACGUCAACAACAAUAACAAAAGAGGAGAGCCAUGAAGGCACAUCACUCAUCAGACCCUUCCUUCAAUCUCUCUCUACCAAAACUCGCAAUCUCUCUCCUCCUUGGUCUUUCCCUUUAUAUCUUCCUCUCUUUCUUCUCUCUUAAAACCCUUUACUCUCCUCCACCUCCUUCUGAUGAUCAUGAUCCUCUCCUCACCCGUAUUACUCUACUCGAAUCCCCACCCGACCCGCUCCCUGAACCCACGGGUCUCCCCCACAUUGUCUUCGGCAUUGGUGCUGCCGCCAGUAAGUGGAGCCGUCGCAAAGAGUUUAUUAAAUUAUGGUGGCGUCCCAACUUCACACGUGGGUAUAUCUUCGUAGACCGCCGUAUCCACCUCUCCGACCCGGACAAGUUCCCGACCCUAAAGGUGUCACAGGAUACCUCGAAGUUCGGGUACACGUAUCGGCGUGGGUCCCGGUCUGCACUCCGGAUGACGAGGAUUGUAUCGGAGAUGGUUCGGAUGGGGUUGGAGGACGUACGGUGGUACGUCAUGGGAGAUGAUGACACCGUGUUUUUCCCGGAUAAUUUGGUUAGGGUUUUACAAAAAUAUGAUCAUAACAAGAUGUACUAUAUUGGGAGUAAUUCGGAAACACAUAUGCAGAAUAUUAAUUUUGCGUAUGAUAUGGCUUUUGGAGGUGGAGGUUUUGCUAUAAGUUAUCCUUUAGCUUUGGCUAUUGAAAAGAUGCAAGAUGGUUGUAUACAAAGGUAUACGGGUUUGUACGGUUCGGAUGAUCGGAUUCACGCUUGUAUGGCUGAGCUCGGAGUUCCUCUCACUAAAGAACCCGGUUUCCAUCAGUUUGACGUACAUGGAAACCUAUUUGGGCUAUUAACAGCACAUCCUGUGGCACCAUUAGUAACACUACACCACCUAGAUAUUGUGGAUCCUAUAUUUCCUUACAUGAGCCGCCUCCAAGCCCUCCAACGUCUAAAAGUUUCAACCAACAUAGACUCGGAGUCUGUAAUGCAACAAUCCAUUUGCUACGACUCAGCCAGGAACUGGACCGUCUCGGUCUCAUGGGGAUACGUGGUGCAGAUAAUCCGAGGUUACGUUACACCCCGAGAGAUGCAACGACCAUCAAGAACAUUCUUCAAUUGGUACAAAAGAGAUGAACCCUCAAGUUUCUCAUUUAACACAAGGCCAUUUAGCAAACACCCUUGUGAAACGCCUUACAUUUAUUAUCUUUCUAAUGCGGAGAUUAAUCAAAACACUAAUGUGAUUACGAGUGAGUAUGUGCAUUAUCAAAUGCCUCAUCCUAGGUGUUGGUGGAAAGCUGAGAACCCUGAAAAGUUUCACAAGGUUCAAGUUUUUAAGAAGCCUACUGAUCCUCAUAAGUGGGAUGAGGCUCCAAGAAGGGAUUGUUGUAGGGUGUUGAGUACAGAAAAGAAAAGUACAGUGGUGAUUGAUGUAGGGGAAUGCAGAGAAGGGGAAUCCAUUCAACCUCAAUAUUAACAAAUGGUUGCAAAUUUUUUAUAGCAAUUAUUAUUUCUCUUAUCUGUGGAUGUAACUAGCUUAGUUGGUAAAAUGUUGAGAGGAUGUACCUAUAAUCUGGGAUUAAUUUUCGUCUAUACCAUUUUUUUUGGUAGCCUUUUGUAUUAGAUUCCCGAAAUUGAUAUGAUAAAGCUCAAAAUUAAAUUAUCAUUGCAGAUUUAAUGGAA